AUGGCCGGCUUCACUUUCACCUCUACCUCCCAGAUGGCCAACUUCGGCCGAAGCGGAUACAACAAGGACGGUGACAACGAAGACAACAAGCGCAACUUUGGACGCAGCGGCUACAACAAGGAUGACUCCGACGACGACAAGAAGUGCUUCGGCCGCAGUGGAUACAACAAGGACGGCGAUGAGGAAGACAGCCGACUACUCGCCAACUUCGGCCGCAGCGAUUCGGUUGGAUCUACUGCCGCUCGCGCGGAUACUGGACCAACUAUAAUAUCGUCGCCUUCAUCCAACGACCAGCCUAAGCAUUGA